AUGCUUGUAGUCGUGGUAAUUGGGGUUGUGGAGUGUAGGAGAUUCGAGAAGGAGACGUUGGGAGGCGGUGGACUUGGUUUUGGUUUUGGUGGCGGUAAAGGUUUUGGAGGAGGAAUUGGUGGCGGUGGUGGUGCCGGUGGGGGUUUUGGUGGUGGUGGCGGUGGCGGUUUGGGAGGUGGCCUUGGUGGAGGCCACGGUGGAGGUAUUGGUGGUGGUGCUGGAGGUGGUGCAGGUGGUGGUGGAGGACUUGGAGGAGGAAUUGGCGGUGGUGCUGGUGGAGGUGCCGGUGGUGGUCUAGGAGGCGGUGCCGGUGGAGGACUAGGAGGAGGUCACGGUGGAGGACUAGGAGGAGGUCACGGUGGAGGUAUUGGAGGUGGUGUGGGAGGAGGUGGUGUGGGAGGAGGUGCUGGUGGAGGACUAGGAGGAGGCCAUGGUGGAGGUAUAGGUGGUGGUGCCGGUGGAGGUGCAGGAGGUGGUGCAGGAGGCGGUGCCGGUGGAGGACUAGGAGGAGGCCACGGUGGAGGUAUUGGCGGUGGUGCUGGAGGAGGUGCAGGAGCCGGUGGAGGACUAGGAGGAGGCCACGGUGGAGGUAUUGGUGAUGCUGCUGGAGGUGGUGCUGGUGGUGGUCUAGGAGGUGGUGUGGGAGGAGGCCACGGUGGAGGUAUUGGUGGUGGUGCUGGAGGAGGUGCUGGUGGUGGUCUAGGAGGUGGUGUGGGAGGAGGACACGGUGGAGGUCUCGGAGGUGGUGCAGGUGGUGGUAGCGGUGGAGGAUUAGGCGGCGGUGUUGGAGGAGGUGCCGGAGGAGGAAUUGGUGGUGGUGCAGGGGGAGGAUUCGGUGGAGGGGCUGGUGGAGGAGCUGGCGGAGGAUUCGGUGGUGGUGCAGGCGGGGGUCACGGUGGAGGUUUGGGAGGAGGGUUUGGUGGAGGAUCAGGCGGAGGAUUUGGUGGUGGUGCAGGUGGGGGAGCUGGAGGAGGAUUUGGCGGUGGUGGUGGUGCAGGUGGUGGAUUUGGCGGUGGUUUUUAA